ACUGUAUUUUUUUCAAUACAAUGUCAUUAAAUUGGGGUGUCACUCACUACAUAUUUGAAUACUUGGCGCGGCUAUAUACUGUGAGGCAUUCGAAGUACAAGUUUGGUCUCUUACAAGCUUGAUUUUCGCUAGUCGUGAUAAGUGCUGGUAUAAUGGAAGCUACGAAACACGUCUCUCAGUGUUUUAAUGUUCAACGCGGAUAUAAUGCUGUCAUUCACACGGAGCUAGUUAAACACAUGAUGACCAACGCAGCAGCUGCACCUCCCUGCGGAAUGAUGCACCACAACAAGGGGAGCAGAAAAUGGCAGAACCCGGGACGCGGGCAAGGACGCAGUCAAUCCCAGAUGAAAGAAAAUGUCAAAACUCAGCAGCGUGGAGACAAUACUGUUCCCAGGGGCGUCUGCCAGACCAUGUGUCCAGCCCGGGAGCUCCACAAACGGGAAUCCCAAAAUCGUCUGCAUCGCUUCGAGAUGGUGGUGGGCACGGAGAAAGACCGUAGACCCCGAGCGGACCCCCUGCGUGCUGUCAAGGAGUAUUCCAGACCGGCGGCUGGGAAAGACUUUGCCAACUCCGCCGACCUCCGUCCCCCUGCCGUGUUGCUGAAAACUGUGUGUUACCUGAUUGAUGAGGUCGCUGCAUCUCCGCAUUUGCAUCCUUGGACUGAGGUGUAUAGCUUUGUUUUUGACCGCCUGCGCAGCGUGAAGCAGGACAUGAUCAUUCAGAGAGCGCACGGGCCAGACUGCGUGGCCAUUUUGGAGCGAAUGGUGCGCUUCCUCAUAUACGCCUCGCACCGGCUCUGCGACGAGCCCCUGCAACUUUUUGAUCCCUGCAUCAAUGACACGCACCUCCAGGAGAACCUCAGCUGGCUGCUGGACUGCUACGCGAACGAAACCGGGCCACAUCCCAACCAGGAUGAAUUCCAGGCUCUUGGUUUGCUCUACAACUUAGGUUCCCAUAGAGCCACGCAGCACAUCAUGGAGCUUCCAGCACCACUUCGUCGCGCCCCCGCCAUCAUGCUCGCCAUCUCCAUUAACCGGUCCUUCCUGGACCGUAACCCGGUACGUCUGCUGCGCUCCGCUCACCGGCUGAGCUUCCUGCAGGCCUGCGCUUUACACCGUCACGUGACGGCGAGCCGGAAGGACCUGCUGCUCAUUUACAGCCACGGUUACGGCAGCCGGAACUGUCGUUUCCCACUGGAUGCGCUGUGUAAGCUCCUCGCCUUGGAGAAGCGUCUGACCAGCGCGUUGUGCCAAGCGUGUGGCGUGGAGGUCAAUGCGGACGAGCAGGUGAUGUUUUCCAAGGCCUCCUUCGCUGAGCCAGAACAAGAGAAAUUGUGCUGCUCUCUUUAUCACAACAUUGUGGCGGAGAAGGAAAAGGAGCUCACGAUUAGCAGCAUCAUAAAUGGCUGUGUUUGACAAAACACGCUUGUUAAAACGUAAUGAUCAUGCUUGUCGCCAAUCUUUUAAACUGCCACCACAAUACUUACAUUGUUUAAGUCAUACUUAUGACAUCAUCGUUUUGCACCGUUUUCUUAUUUUUAUGUCAGAGUUUUUUGUUUAAAAAAAAAUAAGAAGAAGGCUUUAUGUUUGAAUUUCAAUAAAAGUUGUACAAAUUGAA